AGUCUUCACAAAACACAUGGGGAGCAGGGCAAAGCAACAAACUUUCCACAGGGUUUUUUUUCUUUUUUUUUUCUAAUCUAGGAAGUUAUUCCUUAAGGGAAAGGAUAUUUAGAAACAGCUCUUCCAGCCAGGACUUUAGGGUCCUGUUGCUGAGAUUUAAAACAGCUGUUUUCUAUCUAACUAUCAGAGUCACACAGCUGGGAAGUAUCUGAGGUCCAAUUUGAACCUAGGACCUUCUGUCUCUAGGCCUGGCUCUCAAUCCACUGAGCUACCCAGCUGUCCCUUAAGAUUAAAGGGAAGAAAAAGAAAAACUGCUGAUUCCAAUUUAACCUAAGGAGAAAAGAGAAGAGAGAAAAAGUUUUUUAUACUCACGUGUUCUAGCAGCUGUGUCUUUAAGCCAAGUUUGCUGUUAAAAGGGACUAAGUGGUGAGAAGGUAGAGUAAAAAGGCAAGGAAAUUCAGAAGUUUAUUGAGAGAAUUCUUUAGACUCCCGUGUGGUCAGCCACAAUGUGAUAUGGAAAUCACUUUAAAAGACUGAUAUAUAUUAAUUUAAGGUCGCCAAGGAAUUCAGCUAUGUAAUUCCUAAAUGAAAACUCAAGUCAGCAGUCAACCUUUUAUGGAGUUUUUAAUUACAAACAAGAGGAAGAAAGGUAUUAGAGAUAGAGAUAGAGAGAGAGAAAGAGAGAGAGAGAGAGAGAAAGAGAAAGAGAAAGGGGAGAGAAGGGAAUAGGGCUUAAUACCCCCUCUGCUUAGGCUGGGCCAAAGGCCCAAGCCCUUAGAUAGCUGAGGCAAAGAAAAGAGAUCAGUCCCUAUCACUCAUGUGACCAAAAUGGAGAAACAGUCUCAAGGGCCUCCACCUCCAGCCUCCUUCAGAGCAAGCCCUCCUCUCAGAUUUCUCCAGGAGCUCUCCCUCCAGGACCUCUCUCCUCUCAGACUCCUCCAGAGCAAAACCUCUCAGAGCAAAACCUCCCAGAGCAAAACCUCCUCCCUCUCUCCUCAGACCCCGCUAUCUUUAAGGAAACCAUCUAACUCCCCUCCCCUCAGUUCUCACAUCUACCAAUCACUGUCGAUGUCUCCCCUGUGCCAAUGGUGGCUCUAGCCUAACCCAGGACCGCCCAGAGGUCUGUUUCCUUUGCACAUGUCUGUUGAAGGUCAUAUUCUCAAAUAAUUAAAUCUUGAUCUUUGCUGCAGCCCUUCCUAAAUCCUGUUACUCUAAGUAGGGUGGAGAUUGUAAGUUCCAAGAUCUGGUUCUGUCAUUCCAAGUAUCUCUAUUGUAUCAAUUCUAAAAUCAAUCAUGACUCAAAGAACUUCCUGUUCUAUGCUUAAGCAUAGGUCAAAGCCCUUGUCAUUGUUUAGCAAAAGGUUUCUGUCCUAAAGUAGUCUUAAGUAGGGAGGAGAAGGAUUCUCCCAUGCUGAGGAGUUUCAUAUUCCAAUAAAGUUCUUACUAUCAGUAGGAGAUAUUUUCAAGUAUGAAAUUUCCCAAUGGGGAAAUUUCCAACAUUCAUAAGUCUAAGAAAUUUUAAGGUUUACACUCUAUUGGGCUUCUUUUUCUCUUUAACUAGCAUAAACUCAUAGCUCAUAGGUUCUUGGUUUCCCCUGGAGAGAUCUUUUGACUUUAGUCUUACGUCCUAUUUCCCUAAGCCUCCAGCAGAGGCAGUGAGGAAGGGAGGGGCAGGAUUAAGUGUUUAUAAGCAGACCUCUUGUUCCAGGGCUUUGCUGAGAAUUUUCUCUGUAGUAUUAUGGCACUUCUACCUCAUUUUCAUCUUCCUAAUUCAGUGACACAAUUAUCCCCAUUUUACAAAUGAGGAAAUAGAUUUGAUUAAGUGACUUAUUCUCAGGCACCCACAUAGGAGUUGUUUGUGGCAAAAUAGAAACGGAGGCCUUCCUGCCUCUAAUCCCAGACCCCUGCCACCUCCCCUUCUAGCUGCCUCUCAUUUCUAUAUAAUGGAAAACUAUGGACUGAGUCCAGCCUUCUCUGAAGAAAAUGCCCAGAACCUAAGAUUCUUGUUCCAAAUCACUUCCUCAAACUUCUUCCCCCUCCUCUCCCUAUGCUGGGGUCAAGACUCUCCUCCAGGAGUCCAUGUAAACCUCCCUCAGUUCAACCUUGACUUCCUCUGUGAUUGUCAAGCUAAAUGGACUGGCUGAGAGACAGCCUUGGGCUCAAUGAGGAUUGCUGAGUUCCCUAGUAGAGGAGGCAGAGACUGCCUGGCAGAACAGUCCCCAAGGCUCAGAGAGGUGUCAUCGAGGGAGAAGGCAGGGUGGUGGGACAAAAGCCUAUCCCUCAAAGUCCCAGUUUCUGGGGCUUCAGACUGACCAAGAACACUGAUCCUGGAACCCAGUGUGAGAGUUUAUGAGUUUCUGCCAGAAUGGACCAGAACAGGAUGGGAAGGGGUGCUGUUGCUCAUUAGCGGUCCCCCAGCAGGGUAACAAGCACAUCCUACCCUGGCUCCUGCAUUACAGACACUGAGGGGUUUUAUGAUUCUAACAGAGGAUGGGGGGAGGAGAAGGGAAGGAGAGAAUGUGAAGCAGGGAGAGUGAUGACCAAUGGUUCGAGAAAAUCUAACUCUCCCUCCCCCCAUUCCUAAAACAUACAAGAGGGGUCUCCCUGUGAAUAUGUUAUGACAGAGAUGGACCAAGGCCUUGGCCCAGUCAGGAGGCUUCUAUGGGAUUAAGAAUAGACUUCCCCAGGGCUUUGCUACUGCCUAGGACCCAAGAAGCCUCCUCUGAACACACAGUCCUAUCAGGACAGCCUGAAUGGCUAUUGCUCUGGAUUUUGCUUCUACCAAAGCUGAAUAGACAGCCUCUCCCAGCUCCUUCUUCCUCUUCUUUUAACCUUCUUUCUUAUCUACUAUAGACAAUCUGAAUCUGACUUAGAUUUGCAGAAAUGGGUGGUUUAUUUAAUCAGGAAAACAAGGGAGGGUUAGAACAGUGGGAUUAGGAAACCUGAGUAUUUUAUGUCUUGUCUGCUCAACUGAGACAAAUGGCCCAGGCUUCUGUAUCUCUUUCUUUCUUUCUCUAAUAUCUCUACUAGCCUACACUAAAACAGAUCACUAGUGUCCUUCUUGGGAAGGCACAGGUCUUCAGGGUGAUCCCUGUGAGGGUUAGGGGUUGAACACCCCCCCCCCCCCAGCAUCCCCUGAUGUUCCUUUGAUGAUUCAGCAAUGUCAGGGAUCUUUCUGUCUUUCAGUGCAAGGGGAAAUGGAGGCAAAUCUCAGGUAUCUCAGUUUUGGGGUCCUGAGCUCAGGUUCUUCGAUCCCGUCUCUCCCAAGUCCGGAGAGUCAAAGAGCCCCUCCAAAGUUCUAUCUCCUACAAGCCUCCUUGCUCCUUCCAACUGCCACUCUUGUCCCUGCUUCCAACAUUCCAAAUGGUUCCUCUGACCCAGGUUCCCUCCUACAGCGAUGAGGGCAGACUCCCAUGGGAACCCCAUGGACAGAGCCUCUGAGUGGAAUUCCUGGACUCCCCAGCAUUUCCCUAAAGAGAACUCAGUGACAAGCUUCUCUCCAUCCUCCUCCCUGACUAUUCCCCAUGCCCAGGGCUUCCAGCUUCCCCAGAAGACAUGCUCUCUUAUUUGGAGCAGAGGGAUGCCCUGUGGAUACUAGAGCAAGAAGGCCUGUGGAGCUGCUGCGCAGGAGAAAUCAGACCUGAAAUGAAUGAGAAUCCAACAAAGAUUAGCCCUGAUGUGGAAGAAAUGGAGCUACAAAGAUUCAUGAGUGAUGGUCCCAAUAACUUUGCUUCCAGAGAAUUAUGUGUUACACCUAAAAAUUCAUCUCACAUUGAACAUCAAAGAAUUCACACUGAGGAAAAUUCUAGUGAAAAUAAUGAGUAUGGGAAUACUUUUAUGCACAAGUCCAGUCUUGCUAAACAUCAGAGAAUCCACACUAAAGAGAAACCUUAUGAAUGCAAGGAAUGUGAAAAGACAUUCAGUCGGAGCUUCAGUCUUGCUGCACAUCAGAGAAUCCACACUGGUCAGAAACCUUAUAAAUGCAAGCAGUGUGGAAAGGCAUUUAGACAGAGCUCCAGUCUUGCUACACAUCAAAGAGUUCACACUGGGGAGAAACCUUAUGAAUGCAAGCAGUGCGGAAAGACUUUCAGUCGGAACUCCACUCUUGUUGUACACCAUAGAAUCCACACUGGGGAGAAACCUUAUGAAUGCAAGCGGUGUGGAAAGACAUUCAGUCGGAGCUCUAGACUUGCUGCACAUCAGAGAAUCCACACAGGGGAGAAACCUUAUGAAUGCAAGCAGUGUGGACAGACAUUUAGACAGAUCUCCAGUCUUGCUGCACAUCAGAGAAUUCACACUGGGGAGAAAUCUUAUGAAUGCAAACAAUGUGGAAGGACAUUUAGUCGGAGCUCUGCUCUUGUUGUACACCAGAGAAUACACACUGGGGAGAAACCUUAUGAGUGCAAGGAAUGUGAAAAAACAUUUAGACAGAGCUCCAGUCUUGCUGCACAUCAGAGAAUCCACACAGGGGAGAAACCUUAUAAAUGCAAGUGGUGUGGAAAGACAUUUAGACAGAGCUCCAGUCUUGCUUCACAUCAGAGAAUCCACACUGGUGAAAAAUCUUAUGAAUGCAAACAAUGUGGAAAGAUGUUCAGUCAGAGUUCCACUCUUGCUGUUCAUCAGAGAAUCCACACUGGGGAGAAACCUUAUAAAUGUAAUCAGUGUGGAAUGACAUUCAGGGAGAGCUACAGUCUUGCUGUACAUCUGAGAAUCCACACUGGGGAGAAACCUUAUGAAUGCAAGCAAUGUGGAAAGACAUUCAGCCAUAGCUCCAGUCUUGCUGUACACCAGAGAAUUCAUACUGGGGAGAAACCUUUUGAAUGCAGUCAGUGUGGAAAGACAUUUUGUCGGAGCUCCCAUCUUCCUGUACAUCAGAGAAUCCACACUGGGGAGAAACUUUAUGAGUGUAAUCAUUGUCAAAAGACAUUCAGUCGGAGCUCUAGUCUUGCUGAACAUCAGAGAAUCCACACAGGGGAGAAACCUUAUGAAUGCAACCAAUGUGGAAAAACAUUCAAAAGUAACUCCCAUCUUUCUGUACAUCAGAGAACGCAUACUGGUGAGAAACCUUAUGAAUGCAAGCAGUGUGGAAAGACAUUUAGACAGAGCUCCACUCUUGCUGCACAUCAGAGAAUUCACACUGGUCAGAAACCUUAUGAAUGCAAGCAGUGUGGAAAGACAUUUAGACAGAACUCCACUCUUGCUGUACACCAGAGAAUACACACUGGGGAGAAACCUUAUGAAUGCAAGCAGUGUGGAAAGACAUUUAGACAGAACUCCACUCUUGCUGAACAUCAGAGAAUCCACACUGGUAAGAACUCUUAUGAAUGCAAGCAUUGUGGAAAGAUAUUCAGUUGGAGCUCCCAUCUUGCUAUACAUCAGAGAAGCCACACUGGGAAGGAACCUUAAGAAUACAAGCUAUGUAGGAAAAUGUUCACAUGCAGCUCCUAUAUUGCUACUGUGUAAAGGAAAUUUACCCUCCCCUCCUUUCUUGGGCAGCAUACCUGGUGUGAGCCUGAGCUUGACUGAGAGGUGAGAAUUGUAUGGUAGAAACCAUUAAGAGAUGGUGGAACAGAAGCAAGAAAGAGGUAGCAAUAGAGGAGAGAGUUUAUAAGAUAGUGGUAGGAUGGUGUCUACUGGAUUGCCUCCCUGAGUGGUCCAGUCAGAAAUAGAAAAAUAUGUUUUGGUCCUAAGAUGAUAUUUGUGAGAGUGAGUGGGUAGAGAAGAGGUUUAAUAAACUGAGGCAAAAGCAGUUUCCAGGCUCUUCCAGUUUUGUUGCUGGUUGGACUUCCCUAUGAGCAUGGCGAGGGCACCCUAAUGGAGCAGUGAGGAAAGUUUCCUAUUUUUCUAUCUUUUCCCCCUAUUACCUAAGAUUAAAUGAUAUUAAUUGAGUGUCAAUGUCAUAAUUUUCCCUCUUCUACUAUACAUCACAGAAUCCAAAGAUAUUUACAUUGAGCUCUCACCUUGCUGAAAAUCACACACCUAAGAUUAGGUUUAAAUGAGAAUAUGAUUUAGACCUAAAAUAUGAUCCCAUGAUCAAAUUAAUGGAGCAUAGAAUAGUUUAUCUUUCAGAUCAGUUUAUUGAUAAGGGAAGAAUUUUUUACCAAAUAAGAAAUCAAUAAGAUUAGGAGGUGUAAAAUAGUUAAUUUUUAUUAUAUUAAAUUCAGAACUUUGUACAAAAAAACUAAUGUAACCAAGAUUAAACAUGAAAACAAGAAGUUAUUUGUUUUACAACAGUAUGUCUAAUUAAAUACUUCAGUUUUUAAAAAUUCUAACCCUAUUCUCAAAUACCAUAAUUCAUCAUUUCAUGGUAUCUAGAUCUAAAGAGAUGUGAAUUUAGGAAGGAAGUGACAUCUUUGCUAUAUAGAAAUCAUUCAUAAUUAGCAUCAUUUCUUAUAUAAAAGUUUUCCCAAAAAUUCAUAUAAAGGAAAAAUUAAAAGGUAACAAAUGCCAUUGUUGAUUUCAAAUAUGUAAUAAAAUUAUUGACAUUCCAGUGA